CGGAGGAAUUCGCCAGUAUGCGCCGCGCUGCCUUGCCGGCAAGUUGUACGUAGUGUCAGUAGGUUUCCUUUACCUCAUAUCCGUCGUAUACGAGAGUACGAGUCGUCAUUUAUUUCGAGCGAUUUUGCGCGCACGUUCGCAAGUCCUUCUCUCUCUUUCUCUCCUCUCUUCUUUCGCGCCGAACGGGGUUGAAAGCGCGACCAUCGUCACGACAGACGGAUUCUCAUCCCGAAGGAGACUCGUCCACGUGUGUCCGACACGAGAGAGGCGCGAUCGACCUCGCGAUCGCUCGGAGGAACGCGCGGAGCGACAGCUCGCCGGCGAUCCCGAGGAUCCCGAGGAUAAUCGAUGAGAGAUACCAGGAAAAACGGUCCGCCGAGAGCAACGAGGGCACCAAGGAUCACCGUCAACGCGAUCGCGCCAUCGGCGAACUCUAGGGAGGAUCGCGUCGUCGCUAGCCGAACACGGAGAGAAUCACGCCGCGACGAGCAGCCAUCAUCGUCAUCAUCAGUGACGACGUAGAAGAGUAGACUCUCGCUCGGCUCGUGCUGGCGGGCCAAGUUCCUAUCAAAACAUGGCCACGUGACCCCCGGACGGCACGGCUUGUAAACACAGAGUUUGACCACGUGGUCUGCUCCCUCCUUCCGCCGCGUCGUGCGCCUAUCAUCGUUUCUCUCUCUUCGCACCACUGGCUUUGCUCUUCUAUCUUCGCUCUUUCUCUCUCUCUCUCUCUCGCUCUUUCACUCUCUCUCGCUCGUUCUCCCCCGCUGCCGCUGUUAUCGCCGUCAUCGUCGCCGUCGCCGUCGUUCUCCUUCUACGACUCUCUUGCUCGCUCGCUCGCGCGCGCUCUUUCGGCACGCAGAACACCGGAAUCCUCAGUUGGUUCAUCGCCGUCGCCAGUCGCACGUGAGGGCACAAUCGCAGCCGCUCCCCGCGAACUCGCCGUCGAACGUCGUCGUCGUCGCUCGGCACGACAGAGUUCCCGCGCGUUCCGAUCCCGCGCUCGAUCGAUGGUCCCUUUUGGUGGUGAUGUGUCGAGGAAUCGCAGUGAGAAGUAGCAGCGACGCACAUUAAUCUGACUUGAACGUGGACGAACGAGGACGUACGAAGGCCAUCUCUCCACACACGUAUACAUUUGUAUCUAGUGAUAGUGCGACCGAAACGCAAUCUGGAUCGUCUCCCUCGCGCCCGAACGGGUUCUCUCGGUGUCGAUCUAUCAUCCAAUAUGAUGGAUUCGGUUCCGGUCUCAGCUACGGGGCCGAUGACCCCGUCCCAACAGCAGCAGCAGCAACAGCAACAGCAGCAGGCGCAGAAGAAGGGAGUCUCCUUCGAGUUCUCGACCUCGCCGGAUCUGGAGACCGGCUUCGAGCCACAGACCAGAGCCCGUUCCAACACAUGGCCGUUACCGCGACCCGAAGGAUACGUCGAGGGCAACGCGCCCGCCACGAAGGAGGGCGCCGAAGGCGGCACGCCGCCCCAUCAGACCCAGCUGGCUCAGGGCGGUCUACUGACGGUGAAGAAGAACUCGUCCAGGAGGAACGCCUGGGGUAACCUCAGCUACGCUGACCUGAUCACGCAGGCGAUCACCAGCGCGCCCGAUCAGCGGCUCACCCUCUCACAGAUCUACGAGUGGAUGGUCCAGAAUGUGUCCUACUUCAAGGACAAGGGUGAUAACAACAGCAGCGCCGGUUGGAAGAAUUCUAUACGUCACAACCUAUCGCUGCACAGCAGGUUUAUGCGGGUGCAGAACGAGGGCACAGGCAAGAGUUCCUGGUGGAUGAUCAAUCGCGACGCCAAGCCAGGCAAAUCCGCCCGUCGCAGGGCCACCACCAUGGAGAGCACCGGUAGUCUGGAGAAGCGACGCGGCCGCUCGAAGAAGAUCGCCGAAGCGCUGAGGAACGGACUUUUAGCCGAGCCCACGUCCAGUCCCAGCAGUAGCGUCGGCGAGGGUCUAGACUUGUUCCCGGACAGUCCCCUGCCCCCUGCCAGCGGAUUCCAGCUUUCCUCCGACUUCCGUCCUCGCGCUUCGAGCAACGCCUCUUCCUGUGGCCGAUUGAGUCCCAUCCCGGCGGUUCUCGGGGAACCAGAGUGGACGCCGACCUACGCGCCUUCUUACAGCCCGGAACAACAAUUAGCAGACACGAUCCUAGCGGGCAACCUGGCGGAGACGAUGAAACUGGAACCCUACCAAAUCUACCAGACGUCACCGCCGGCCAGUCACCAGCAGCAGACCGGACCGCCGCCGCCUUACUACGAAGCGCAAUACCAGAGGAACAACGGCCUACGCACCCCGUCGUCCGCGUCCUUUAGCCUGCCACCCACCCCGCAGUCGGCCAAUCAACAGAGAUGCCCGAUCCACGGUCUCCAACCGUGCGCCUGUCAGAUGAACCUGAGCCCCGGCAUGUCACCGUCCGGCAUGUCGCCGUCGUACCAGCAGAGCGAGCCUAGCCCUACGACGCUCGGCAGCAAUCAGCAGCAGACAUUGCAAUAUAUGAUUCAAACGCAACAGCGUCAACAGCAACAGCAGCAGCAGCAGCAACAGCAACAGCCGCAGCAUCAGCCGCGGCAUCAGACGCAGCAUCAGCCGCAACAUCAGCCGGCGCAGACUGGACCAGCCGGACCCAGUCCACCCAACACCCCGACACCCUGUCCCGCCACACCCAGCACCAUGAUGGGCCAGCUGAUGGGCGCGCUCAAUCAUACCGCCCUCCUCGAUGAUCUUAACAUCAACAUCGAGGCAAUGCACGGCGGCUUUGACUGCAACGUCGAGGAGGUGAUUAAGCACGAGCUGUCGAUGGGCGGCACGCUGGACUUCAAUUUCCAGCAGGGGGUGAUGGGCACGGUGCAGGUGAGCGACGGCAACGUCGUCGGCCAGAACGGCGGCGUCGUCACCCAGAACACGGGCGUCGUCGUCGGGACGACGAGCGGCAACGCGCCCGCGGGCGUCUACGUCAGCACGAACGCGGCCACCCCCGCUGCGACCCCCUCGUGGGUUCACUAGCAGUUAACUCCCCUGCCCUCGACACCCCCGUCGUCCUUGCCGAUGCCGCCGUUGUCCGUUGACGGAUCGCUGGAUAACUUCCGCGGGACGACCGAAGGGCAGCUCAUCGAUGACUAUAACGGCUGGAAUCAUUCAUGUUCGCCACAAACAACAAUUUUUUUUUUAGACGCCCUGGUUGGACUACUAUAACUCCGAAACAAAUAUUUUUGUUUGAAAAAAAUUCAGGAUAUAUUUAAAAUGUUAUUCAAUAAAUGUGCAAAAUUUAGAAUUAAUAUGUUUUAUACUUUUCUUUAAAAAAAUUCCCCAAAAUCGCCUUUAUUUUCAGAGCGUCAAACUAGGAAGACCCCUUAAAUAUAUAGAUGUAUUUUAGAUUUUCGAAUCAAAUAUAUUUCCGAUAGAAUUGUUGCCAAAUAUUUGUUAUAAAUCGCGAUAACCCUAAUUGAUCGGGGCAAUAAAAUUAAAAUUGGAUGAGCACCCGAUCGCGUUUCUACUCGAGAAUAUUUAGCGCUUUCCAGGAUACGUAAUCGAGCCAGUUAAGGAGGUAAGGAUCUCGGUUUUCACGGCGUUUGAAGCCGAGCUGCAAAUAAGCGACAUAAUUAGUGCAGAAAUUAAGCCAAUUAGUGCGAAGGUGGCGGCCGUUUGUUGCGCGUGGGUUAAACGGAGAAAAGGGGUAAUUUAAGCUACCCGUGACGUUUAUCCCCGAAAAUAAAAGCCGCGUAAUUUGCGCUUUACGGAGGUGCAUUCGCGGUCUGCGCUUCUCGACUUUCGCGAUGCAAAAUCUGCGGGGAAUUAUGACAUCUCCAUACGCGCGUUAAUUUACCACGAGUGCGCGUUAAUUUACUGCACAAAUCUCUCAAAGCAAUGUUACUCAUUCUCUCUUGUUCGCGGACGAUCGUUUUAAUUCGCUCGGCCGUUUUGCGUUUUGAUCCGAUACGAACAAUUUAAAUUGACAUCGCAUUAAAAACACUACUCGCGAGCAAAAUUCACGAGUUAAGCCCGGUAUUUCGCGGACUGCUCGUAAAUUAUAAUCCGAUAUGAAAUCCACACAGAGUCAUGAUAUCGCACUCGACAUACGUGCUAAUUAACAUUACAUUUACGCGGAAGAGCCCCACCGUGGAAAAUAAUAUCCAAAAUGGAGUAACGUUGACGAGCGAAUAAAACAGUAUUUCAUAUUAUUUCUCAGAGCAGAGAAUGUUUCUCACAAAUUAUACUUUGACCAACCAUUUCUUAUCUAAAUAUAAUCACGAUCCGAAUAUUAAGUUUUACCAGUCAAAAUUUAUUGUAAUUUUGUUUAAAUUUUUCUUAUGUUAUUGCACUUUGCUUCAAUUUAAUCUAUCAUUUAGCUAUACCAUUUUUUUUUUUCAUUGGUAAAAAUAUUCACGACGCAAUAUCUAUACAUAUGAAUUGUUAUCAUCCAAUCGAUUUUAUCUUUAAUUAAUGUUAAUAUUUUCGACUUCUCUUAAAACAAUUUCUUUUAUAUAACCCGAGAAAUUUUUUUCGCUUUUAGCACAUAAAUUAUUUCAUUUGUGGAAGGAGGUGAGAAAUAAUAUCUUAUUUCUCUUUCUAUAAUUUUUAUCGUAUUUCUAUCAAAUCUAUAAAUUCAUAAAAUUCAUAUCACUUUGAAUCUACAACGUGACAAAAUUUUGGCCGCCACUGUAUACAUUUCCACGAACGGAUAAGAAGGAAUCGCGAAGCGCAUCCUUCCGAUAUCCCGUGCCAUGAAUCCCCAACUUUACAAGCCGUAUACACAAGAUAGCCGAUUUAUAACGCUCCGCGGAAUGAUCGCGACAGCAAUAGGAAGUUCGAAUCGCCGGGUGUCCAUCGUAGGGCGACCGUCCGACGUAUUUCCGGUGCGGGAAAGUAGCCUGUUGGCAUCGUCGUCGACGCACGAUUGGACCAUCGUCCACUCCUCUUCUCGCCCCGCGAAACCGACG